GUCAAAACACUGACCUGCUGUGACCCAGUCACGUAGCUGGCGUGCUAGGCAACACUGACAGUGAAUACGUAGGGGUAAAGCCAUGUGGGCUCCUAUGCUGGGACUGACAGCCCUUCCGCAUGUUGGGGGCUUCUAUGGUGCCUUGAUCACUCGUCGAGAAGUGAAGACAUGGUACCCCACACUCAACAAACCAUCUUGGCGGCCACCAAAUGCUGCCUUCCCAGUGGUGUGGACCACGCUCUACACAGGCAUGGGUUAUGCGUCCUACCUGGUGUGGAAGGAGCUGGGGGGGUUUAAUGAGGAAGCCCUCGUUCCACUUGGCCUCUACGGGCUGCAGCUUGCACUAAACUGGGCCUGGACCCCCAUCUUUUUUGGGGCACACAAAAUCAAACUGGCCCUGAUUGAGCUUGUUUUUUUAACGGGGACCGUGGCGGCCACCAUGGUUUCCUGGUACCCCAUUAGUCGCACAGCCACCUUGCUCAUGGCUCCUUACCUAUCCUGGCUGUGCCUUGCCACCAGUCUCAACUACUGCAUCUGGAGGGACAACCCCGAGUCGAAGAAGGACUAGACCCCAGCGUGCCCCUAACCUAGCUGCGUGUGCCUGCCAGGUGUGGGACUGUGAUCUUUUAACACCCGCAUUCUGCAUUCUUGUCAUUUUUACUCAUUGCCAAAAAUGAAGUUCUAUUUUCUUUUUUUACGAGUUGGUCAUAAGUAAAUUGCAUGGCAUGAAAUUGAAUUAGGUAUCUGGCUGUGUUCUUACAGUGUCUUUCUCUGUAUUCUGCCUGUUAGGUUCCCGGUACUCAUAUUCUAAUGAGAAACACCAUUUGUGGCAUCUUGUCAUGGCAUCAGACAAAACAUUCAGGCUCAGGUCCCUGUACAGGAAAAUAAGCAAUAUUUUCUAAUCUAAUAAAAUAUUGUACAUGUUGAUUAUUCAGCUAGAGGCCUGGGGGACCACAUGUGGCCUGUGAAUUUCCUUUUGAUUGCUGAGAAACAGAAAAAUUUGUAGUACAUAUGCAUCAAAAUUGUGCUCAGAACUCUGGCAUAGCAUUACUGUAUAUGUCCAAGACACUGGUGUCAUGGUAGAAUACAAUCACCCAUUCAUUGUUAA